GCUCAACAAAACAGCCUGCCCAUACCGGAUACUGCCAGUCCCGAAAGAGUUUCCUGCGCAGUCUGGCGCUGUGAUGUGGCCCAGGAAGGUCAAUGGAAUCUUCCAGCUGCCAGUUUAUUUGGAGGAGCUCAUGGAGGAGCUCCAUGGCGAACUUCUGCGGCCGCAGGCGGAAGAGGCCGAUGCGACCGAGGGCCAGCAGGAUGCCAACGUGGAAACCGUGGUCAAAGCUGAAGAUGGCAAGGAGGAGGACCCGCCAGCGUUCCGCCGCGCCUCCGUCUUCGAGGCUUUCGUGGCGGCGGGGUUCAACUGGUCCGUGCGGCGGCAGAAGCGGCGCAAGGGGCGGGAGCAGCUCUGCCCGGACAUCGAGCCCCAGGUGGUCUGGAAGCCCGACGCCAAGGGCGGCAGGCCGGUGUCCAAGAGGGUGGAGAUCAAGCGCAAGGUGGUGGCGGACCUGGAGCCCUUUGCCGCCGCUGGUGCCAAGACCAGCCGAGCUCGGCGGCGCCGUCUGCGGAGGCCGUCCCCCACCGAGGAGGAGACGUGCCCGGAGCCGGUGCUGGAGGUCCAGGGCUUUGAGCUUCUGGGCACGGAGCCUCUGGACACGGCCUUGAACCCUUGGGACUUCCGGGACCUCCGGCGCUCGCGCCCCGCAAGCCGCAGCCCGCCCUCGCGGCCUGUGACGCCGGUUCGCGUGGAGUGCCCAUUCCUGGUGCGGGCGGUGAAGCCGCAGGAUGAGGGGCGCACACGGUCACCACUCACGCAGUUUGUCCAGCGCAUGAACAUCGACGCCGAGUGUGGUGAGGAAUGGAACGACGAGGACUUCAAACGCCAGAUCUCCGACUUGAAGAGGCAGAUCUCUUUUGGGCGGCAGAUCUCGCCGGUGACUGGCUUCGGCAAGUUUGCCACGCGAGCAAACAGAUUCGUAGAGAAUCCAAACUCCGAGAGCUUCUCCCGCCAGACCUCGAACAGCAGGAAUGGCCCAGACUCGUACGACAACCGACUCUCAGCUCCAGCAUCACGCGCAGACACCCGCGAGCAGUAUCUGCGUGUUGCAGCCGAAGAGGAGAUGGUGCAAGCUGAGCAGGAAGGCCUGCCGCCAGCAAUGGAAGGAACCUCGACUUCGACGAACUCAUAUGCAGAAGCUCACUCAAGUAGUGCGUCAGCAGGUGAUUCUCAGCAGAUGCGGCACCCAGCAACGCUGGCGCGCACUGACCACAGCUCUCAGAGUCGCCUGGAGGAGCCAUCACGGAGCCAAUCUCUCUACCAGGCAUCGAACGAGGGGUCAGACCAAGCGCAGGUGACAGAAGAGCCUAGCGUGCCGCCCAAGCUUGAUGCGCGAGAGCUUGAACCUGACAGUCGCGAACAAUCGGAACGACUGGAGAGCCAAGCCGAGCAGCUGGACUGGACGCGGACGAAUCCCUCGAAGGAGUCGAAUCCGUCCGAGCCGAGCCACGAGCCGGCGGAGACCGCCGAGCUCUUGGCCAGAUGCGGUUCAGGAUGGCUCCGUUUCCAAAGCGGUGACACGGAGAAGUCCGCGAUGCCCCCUGUGCACCGUAUCGGUGAGACCUGGGAGGAGGAGGAGGAGGAGGAGGAUGAGCUUGUGGAGCCGGUGGCGCCUGUGUACUUGGUACCUCCUUGGGCGCUGAGGGAUCACUUGCGGCUGAAUGCCCGCACUGAGUGCCGGGGCGUGAGCCCGCCACUGGACCGGGAUCUCGCGGAGGUGGUCAAGAGCCUGGAGAAGGCCCCAGCCCUGAGCGGGGCAAGACCGCGGCGCUUUAGCGCUGUGGAGCCACGCCCGGACGAGCGAGGCAGGCGUCCAAGACGGCGGCUGGUUACUCCAGUCCCAGACGAGCCGAACGCCGGUGCAAGGCGUCCGCGCCCACAGAGCGGAGGACGUGCGCUCGGCACAUCGCUGCUGAGCAUGAUGCACCCCUCGCGGAGCUCGGCCAAGGCGCAGCUGGACGCGCAAGUGCAGGCAGUCGUGAACCCGCGAGCACGGAGGCGCACAUGUUCAGCUGCCGUGCAGGAGGACUUCUCCUUGCUGGAGCCCGUCACGCCCGACAUCGGGCGCAGCAACACGGAGCCCUUGGAUGAGCUCAGCCAAUGCUCAGGAGAAGCUUUGCAGGAUCAGCCAUCUUUUGCCGAGGAGACCUUCUUCUUUCACUUUGAGAAUGGGCACUUGGGAGCGAAGGACUCGUAAGUCCUCCAUGGAGCCAGCACCGGCCUGCGGGCCGUUACUCGCAUGCGCGAGCCGCGAGUCCCAGUCACUCGAAACCCGACUUUGGUGGACAGGUUUGAGCAAAGACCAACCCCUUUCGUGGAUGCUUGAUCGGUGCCAGCUCUGAGCCAGAACAGCGCAAAGUACUGCUGUGAGGCUCAGAUGCUUGGGUGCACGUUGAAUGACAGUGCACUUCCGCUUGUCUUGCCUCAGCUGAAUAUCGUUGGGUGAAGCAUGCGUAGCUUCGUAUAUGCGUUGUCGAUACCUUUGCCCUUUGCGUAGAAAGCGAUGAUUCAGAGGUGCAUACACAGCAUCAGCUGAUGCCUGGAGCAUUGCUCGGCAGCACAACCUGCCUUUUGUCGUUUGUAGAUAGGAGUUGCGGACUUUUAGAAGAUUCUACCUGUUUUGCGCUGGAUCUUGUGGUGUCCAGUGGUUGCUGGCGACCCGUUU